AUGUUCAAAACUAGAGAAACGCCCCAAAUAAAGCAGUCAACUAAAAGCCUUUUUUCGUUGAAAGAUAAAGUAUGUGUCGUUACAGGUGGAUCUUCUGGAAUAGGCUUAGAGAUUUGUAAGGCAUUUGCAUCUAUGGAUGCACUUGUUAUAAUUGUCUACAAUUCAACCCCAGUUGAUAAGUUAGUCGACGAUAUUAAAUCACAAUACGGCAUCACGGCAGACUCUUACAAAUGCAAUCUAUCGAUGCCUGAAGAAAUUGAAAAUAUGUUUGAUGAAAUUUUGAAAAAGUAUGGUCGAGUCGACGUUUGUGUUGCAAAUGCAGGAGUUGGUUGGCCAGCAGGAGGUGUCACUGAUUUUAAAACAAAUUCCGAAUUAGUGGGGAAUUGGGAGACUUUUAUCAAGCUAGAUUUAUCAUCAGUUUACUAUUGCAGUGCAUAUGUUGGUAAGAUUUUUGAGAAGCAAGGUUACGGAUCGUUAAUUCUAACUGCAUCAAUGUCUGGUCACAUUAUCAAUGUCCCGCAAUUACAAACUCCAUACAAUGUCGCCAAGGCGGGUGUACGUCAAAUGGCAAAAUCCUUAGCAGUUGAGUGGUCUUCCAUUGGUGAUGGUAGAAUCAGGGUGAACAGCGUAUCCCCAGGGUAUGUAAAAACAAAGCUUACAGGUAAGAUGGAUCCUUCCCUUUUGGAUCAAUGGUGUAAACAGACUCCUUUAGGAAGAAUGGCAAAUCCUCAAGAAAUCACAGGUGCCUAUGUCUAUUUGGCCAGCGAUGCAAGCUCUUUCACCACAGGUACCGACAUUGUCGUUGACGGGGGAUUUAUAUCUGUGUGA